AGUCAAAUCACUUUUCUGGCACCCAUGGCCAUGGGUGUCAAUGACAAACCUGGGGGUAUAAAUACCUAUGGAUGAAAAGCGAUCACCACACUUCUCAGUCCAAAUCCAGUGAGCAACCAUGAAGACUUUCAUCUUCCUUGCUCUCCUGGGAGCUGCUGUGGCUUUCCCCAUUGAUGACGAUGACAAGAUCGUUGGGGGCUACACCUGUCCGAGGAACUCUGUCCCCUACCAGGUGUCCCUGAACUCGGGCUACCACUUCUGUGGCGGCUCCCUCAUCAAUUCCCAGUGGGUGGUGUCUGCGGCUCACUGCUACAAGUCCCGAAUCCAGGUGCGUCUGGGAGAACACAACAUUGCAGUCUCUGAGGGCAGUGAACAAUUCAUCAAUUCGGCCAAGGUCAUCCGCCACCCGAGAUACAAUGCAAACACUAUUGAUAAUGACAUCAUGCUGAUUAAAUUGAGCUCACCUGCCACCCUCAACUCUCGAGUGUCUGCUAUCUCUCUGCCAAGAUCUUGUGCACCUUCUGGUUCCCAGUGCCUCAUCUCUGGCUGGGGAAAUGUCCAGAGCUUUGGGGAAAAUUAUCCCGAUGUCCUGCAGUGUCUGAAAGCUCCCAUACUAACUGACAGUGCUUGCCGUAAAGCCUACCCAGGCCAGAUCACCAGCAACAUGAUCUGUCUGGGCUUCCUGGAAGGCGGAAAGGACUCUUGCCAGGGUGACUCUGGUGGCCCUGUGGUCUGCAACAACCAGCUCCAGGGCAUUGUCUCCUGGGGUGCCGGCUGCGCUCAAAGAGGUAAACCCGGUGUCUACACCAAGGUCUGCAACUAUGUGAGCUGGAUUCAGCAGACCAUCGCUGCCAACUAAGCACAUGGACCUCUCCACACCUUAUCCCGUUAGUCAACCUCGCCUUCCACCUAUGCCUGAAAACAGUAUCUAAAUAAAAAAAUUUUGUCCCACA